AUUUAAUUUUACGAAUGAUUAAACUGACAGAUUUAAAAAUAUAUUCACAGAACAACUGUACUCGAAUAAAAAUUACUUUUGCACAAUCUAUAAUAUUAGCGCCUUGCCCAACAUUGCAGAAUUGUUGCCAUUGAUUUCCUGGAAUAGGCAUAACCCUGCAGGAGCUCACGUGCCAGGUUUCUAAAAAUGAGCAUCUGAAGCCAAGUCAAGAUGACAAGCCCAAACCGAGACAUCCCCAUCCACAGCUGGCCAGGCUCCUACUACAUCAACAGCGAGAAGCGCUGGGAGGCCGGGACCCUGUCCCUGACCCGCACCAUAUUGCGCUUCACCUCAGACCAGAGCAAAGAGAACCUGGUUGGCUUCCGCCUCACCAGGAUCAUGGAGAUCAAGAUGGAAUCGUCCAGCUUCAUCUUCAGCACUCUGACUGUGUUGGAACAGGGGAAUCUCAAGCACUGGUUCGGCUCACUGAGGCCCAACCGGUUGGUGGUCUACAAUGUCCUGGAGCAUUUCUGGAGGGAGAGGUUGUUGUCCCCCUCUACUGAGGUCCAGGGGGCCGAGGCACAGCCCACCAAGGGGAGGGAGCUGAUUAACCUGGUGGCAGGGGCUCAAAGACGGCUAGAGGACACAGGGAAUGUCCUCCACCACGAGGGAGAGCAGUUUGAUAACGUCAUGCAGGGCCUGGACAAGAUCGACUCUGAUCUGGGCGUGGCAGACAAGCUACUGUCUGAACUGCAGUCUCCCCCUUGGUGGCCUUUUGGCAAAUUACCCUGGAAGAGUCAGCAGGAUGCCAAUGCUGAGCAUGCUGCCAGAGAGGCCACUUGUAAGGGAACAGAAACAGGCAAGCACAGAGUGAUCACCAGCAUACCAGCCAUCAUUUCCAGAGGUGGAGACUCGGACCUGAAGCCUGGCUGCUUGAUGGUGAUGGUCUCCUCUUUAGAAGUCCGAGACACAAACUAUGUGCUCCUCCACCGCUUUGAGAGGGACGAGGUGGAUGACAUCCGGGUGCACAACCCUUAUGAGAUCAGUGUGAGGCAGAGGUUCAUAGGGAAGCCAGACAUAUGCUUCAGACUCCUGUCGGCUAAAAUGCCGGAGGCCAUGUCUGUACUAGAGAUGCAGUAUAAGAAGAAGGUAGAGUACACGAGUGAGUACUCUGCCUUUAAGACGACCCCAGCCACAACCCCAUGUGACCAGAAUCAAGGUUUAAUAUGGAAUGCAGGCUUGCAGCAGUACCAGGAGACAGAAGUCACCAGUACGGUCCCAGCAGGAGAGCUUUCCCAGGUGCAUCUACAUGUCCUUAAGCCAGAGGUUACUCAGGCUGAGAUUCAGGAGCUCCGACAGAUGCUAAUGCAGCUGAAAAAUCUUGCUCUGGAGGCUGAGACUGAGCUGGAGAAGCAAGACGAGGGCCUGGAUGUUUUGACCACCUCUACGGACCAGGCCACCAUGCACAUAGACAAACACACCUGCCGCAUGAAAAGGCUGCUUUGCAGGUGUCAGUAAAGCCAUCCCCCUCCCUCCAUGCACAUGGUUUCCCUCCAGCUCCAAGUGUUGCAUGUUCCCAUGUUUCUGCUGAGUAAAGCGAUGCAUCGAGUGGGAUCUGUAGAACUGUGAGGUAUGCAGUGGGUAUGUAACAUGUAGCAAAGUCCGUUGAAACUGUGUCCCUUGAAAUACACGGAAUACUUUACAGAGCCCCUACUCUUAAGUCAAUUUCUAUACCAUAAUGUUCCGUACUAAAGAAAGCAGGGAGUAACUCACAAUAGGUUGUCUCUCUGACAUUAUCACUGGAUUUAGGAAUAUCUGUAUAAUCUUAUGUGUAUAUGAAUGACUUGCAUAUUUCUAUGCUGUGGUGUACUCGGAUGUUUUACUGAAAUCUAAUUAUUGUCUCGCUAUCAUAUGUGAACUUGCGAUAAACUGUUAUUUAAACUCAAUAUCUGGUAAAUAAUGCUUUUCUCCGUACAAAUAAUGCCCAAGGCUCCCCAUGGUACUGUACUGUAGAAAGCAGAGGAAGUAUUUGAGUGGCGUGUACUUAUCCAAUAGAACACAUUUACAUAAAAUACAGACGAAUGGCUUUAAGUAGUACAGUACGACCAGCCCAGGGCUUUAAGUAGUACAGUACGACCAGCCCAGUUCAUAAAAGGCAAUUGACACUGAAACCAAAUAUAAAUGUAACAUGUUAACUGUUGGUUUCAUGAGUUGAAAUAAAAGAUCCCAGAAAUAUUCCAUGCGCACAAAAAGCUUAUUUCUCUAAAAUUUUGUUCACAAAUUUGUUUACAUUCCUGUUAGUGAGCAUUUCUCCACACCUGGCAGGUGUGUUAUAUCAAGAACAUGAUUAAACAGUGUGAUCGUUACACAGGUGCACUUUGUACUGGGGACAAUAAAAGGUCACUAUAAAAUGUGCAGUUUUGUCACACAACACAAUGCCACAGAUGUCUCAAGUUUUGAUGGGGCGUGCAAUUGGCAUGCUGACUACAGGAAUGUCCACCAUAGCUGUUGCCAGAUAAUUUAAUGAUAAUUUCUCUACCAUAAGCCGCCUCCAACAUUGUUUUAGAGAAUUUGGCAGUACGUCUAACUGGCCUCACAACCGCAGGCCAGGUGUAAUCACGCCAGCCCAGGAUCUCCACAUCCGGCUUUUUCACCUGCGGUAUUGUCUGAGAGAAGCCACUGCAGACAGCUGAUGAAACUGUGGGUUUGCACAACCAAAGAAUUUCUUCACAAACUGUCAGAAACCGUCUCGGGAAGCACAUCUGCACGCUCGUUGUCGUCACCAGGGUCUUGACCUGACUGCAGUUCAUCGUUGUAACUGACUUCAGUGGGCAAAUGCUCAAACGCUUUUCACGGAUGAAUCACGGUUUCAGCUGUACCGAGCUGAUGGCAGACAGCGUGUAUGAUGUCGCGUGGGCGAGCGGUUUGCUGGCGUCAAUGUUGUGAAGAGAGUGCCCCAUGGUGGUUGUGGGGUUAAGGUAUGGGCAAGCAAAAGCUACAGACAAUGAGCACAAUUGCAUUUUAUCAAUGGCAAUUUGAAAUCACAGAGAUACCGUGACAAGAUCCUGAGGCCCAUUGUCAUGCCAUUCAUCCGCUGCCAUCACCUCAUGUUUCAGCAUGAUAAUGCACAGCCCCAUGUCGCAAGGAUCUGUACACAAUUUCUGGAAGCUGAAAAUGUCCCAGUUCUUCCAUGGUCUUCAUACGCACCAGACAUGUCACCCAUUGAACAUGUUUGGGAUGCUCUAUCUACUUGUACAACAGCGUGUUCCUGUUCCCGCCAAUAACCAGCAACUUCGCACAGCCAUUGAAGAGGAGUGGAACAACAUUCCACAGACCACAAUCAACAGCCUGAUCAACUCUAUGUGAAGGAGAUGUCUAUGCGAAUGAAAUGUGUCGCACUGCACGAGGCAAAUUAUGGUUACACCAGAUACUGUCUGGCUUUCUGAUCCACGCCCCUACUUAAAAAAAAACUAUAGUUUGUUAACAAGAAAUGUGUGCAGUGGUUGAAAAACAAAUUUUAAUGACUCCAACCUAAGUGUAAACUUAGGUUGGAGUCACUUAAACUUCUGAUUUCAACUGUAGGUUGGAGUCAUUAAAACUUGUUUUUCAACCACUCCACAAAUUUCUUGUUAACAAACUAGUUUUGGAAAGUUGGUUAGGAUAUCUACUUUGUGCAUGACACAAGUAAUUUUCCCAACAAUUAUUUAACUUAUAAUUUCACUGUAUCACAAUUCCAGUGGGUCAGAAGUUUGCAUACUGUGCCUUUAAACAGCUUGGAAAAUGUAAAAAAAAUAUUCCAUGGCUUCAGAAGCUUCUGAUAGGCUUAUUGACAUAAUUUCAGUCAAUUGGAGGUGUACCUGUGGAUGUAUUUCAAGGCCUACCUUCAAACUCAGUGCCUCUUUGCUUGAGUUCAUGGGAAAAUCUAAAUAAAUCAGCCAAGACCUCAGAAAAAGAAUUGUAAGACCUCCACAAGUCUGGUUUAUCCUUGGGAGCAAUUUCCAAAUGCAUGAAGGUACCUCGUUCAUCUGUAUAAACAAUAGUACUCAAGUAUAAACACCAUGGGACCACGCAGCCGUCAUAACGCUCAGGAAAGAGACGUGUUCUGUGUCCUAGAGAUUAACGUACUUUGGUGUGAAAAGUGCACAUCAAUCCCAGAACAACAGCAAAGGACCUUGUGAAGAUGCUGGAGGAAACAGGUACAAAAGUAUCUAUAUCCACAGUAAAACGAGUCCUAUAUCGACAUAAGCUGCAAGGCCGCUCAGCAAGGAAGAGGCCACUGCUCCAAAACCGCCAUAAAAAAGCCAGACUACAGUUUGCAACUGCACAUGGGGACAAAGAUUGUACUUUUUGGAGAAAUGUCCUCUGGUCUGAUGAAACAAAAAUAUAACUGUUUGGCCAUAAUGACCAUCGUUAUGUUUGGAGGAAAAAGGGGGUGGCUUGCAAGCCGAGGAACACCAUCCCAACCGUGAAUCACAUGGGUGUAAGCAUAAUGUUGUGGGGGUGCUUUGCUGCAGGAUGGACUGGUGAACAUCACUAAAUAGAUGGCAUCACGAGGAAGGAAAAUUAUGUGGAUAUAUUGAAGCAACAUCUCAAGACAUCAGUCAGGACGUUAAAGCUUGGUCGCAAAUGGGUCUUCAAAAUGGCUUAAGGACAACAAUGUCAAGGUAUUGGAGUGGCCAUCACAAAGCCCUGACCUCAAUCCAAUAGAAAAUUUGUGGGCAGAACUGAAAAAGCGUGUGUGAACAAGGAUGCCUACAAACCUGACUCAGCUACACCAGCUCUGUCUGGAGGAAUGGGCCAAAAUUCACCCAACUUAUUGUGGGAAGCUUGUGGAAGGCUACUCAAAAUGUUUGACCCAAGUUAAGCAAUUUAAAGGCAAUGCUACCAAAUACUAAUUGAGUGUGUGUAAUCUUCUGACCCACUGGGAAUGUGAUGAAAGAAAUUACAGCUGAAAUAAAUAAUUCUCUCUACUAUUAUUCUGACAUUUCACAUUUUUAAAAAGAAGUGGUGAUCCUAGCUGACCUAAGACAGGGAAUUUUUGUUAGGAAAUGUCAGGAAUUGUGAAAAACUGAGUUUAAAUGUAUUUGGCUAAGGUGUAUGUAAACUUCCGACUUCAACUGUAAAUAUCUGUAUGCCCAGUCAUGUGAAAUCCAUAGUAUAGGGCCUAAUGAAUUGAUUUAAGUUGACUGAUUUACUGAUAUGAACUUUAACUAAGUAAAAUCUUUGAAAUGGUUGCAUGUUGUGUUUAUUUUGGUUCAGUGUAGUUCCCUUUAUUAAUUUAAGAAUUAUAAUGAAUAGAAAACAAAACAGGCAACAAAACAACACUUGGAGAAAGGCAAAGCAAGGCAACACCCAAUAAUAACAGGGUUCACGUGACAAAUUGGCAUGGAGAUUGUCAUAACUAUGGCAAAUGAGAUGGAAGUGGAAGCUAUUUACUAUUGAAAGUUCUCCAUGCGUAUCGGUCCCUGGCCUGUUGAAUGAAAGUGAGUGCAGAGUAAACAGGCCUGUUGUUAUUACAUCCUGUUGGCACCAGGAGUUGGUUUGGUAUCUGCUCACUGUGUUGGGGCCGGAGCUCUCUCUCACACACACAUACGUACCGCCGAAGAUGUGGCCACGGGUAGUGGCCACUAGCUUUCACGAGAGAGGGGACCACCAGGAGUCAAAAGCCCAGAUUAACCCGAUUUGGUGGGGUGGCUGUACUCUCAUUAAUGACUCAGGAAGAAGCUAAACUAGUUUUUAAAGAACACUGGCGACCUCUCAAAGGUCUCAGCCCGGGUCCAUCACUGGGAUGUGAUCCUACACUAAAGAUGUAAUAAAUUGAGGAUGAACACUUGUCAUGAGUUACAUUGCCUUCGGAAAGGAUUCAGACCCCUUGACCUUUUCCACAUUUUGGUACGGUACAGCCUUAUUCUAAAAUUUAUUAAAAAUAAUAAUAAUUGGCAUCAGUCCACACACAAUACCCCAUAAUGACAAAGCAAAAACAGAAUUUUAGAAAUGUUUGCUAAUAAAAAAACUUGAAAAAACUGAAAUACCACAUUUACAUAAGUAUUCAGACCCUUUACUCAGUACUUUGUUCAAGCACCUUUGGCAGAGAUUACAGCCUCUUCUUGGGUAUGACGCUACAAGAUUGGCACACCUGUAUUUAGUGAGAGUUUUCCAAUUCUUCUCUGCAGAUCCUCUCAAGCUCUGUCAGGGUGGAUGGGGAGCGUCGCUGCACAUCUGUUUUCAGGUCUCUCCAGAGGUGUUCGAUCGGGUUCAAGUCCGGGCUCUGGCUUUGCCACUCAAGGACAUUCAGAGACUUGUCCCGAAGCCACUCCUGCAUUGUCUUGGCUGUAUGCUUAGGGUUGUUGUCCUGUUGGAAGGUGAACCUUCACCCCAGUUUGAGGUCCUGAGAGCUCUGGAGCAGGUUUUCAUCAAGGAUCUCACUGAACUUUUCUCCAUUCAUCUUUGACUCGAUCCUGACUAGUCUUCCUGCCGCUGAAAAACAUCCCACAGCAUGAUGUUCCCACCACCAUGUUUCACCGUAGAAAUGGUGCCAGGUUUCCUCUCGAUGGGACUCUUGGCAUUCAGGCCAAAGAGUUAAAUCUUGGUUUCAUCAGACCAGAGAAUCUUGUUUCUCAUGGUCUGAGAGUCUUUAGGUGCUUUUUGGGAAACUCCAAGCGGGCUGUCAUGUGCCUUUUACUGAGAAUUGACUUCCGUCUAGCCUCUCUACCAUAAGGGCCUGAAUGGUGGAGUGCUGCAGAUAGGAUUGUCCUUCUGGAAGUUUCUCUCAAUUUCCACAGAGUAACUCUGGAGCUCUGUCACAUUGAUCAUCGGGUUCUUGGUCACCUCCCUGACCAAGGCCCUUGUCUUCUGAUUGCUCGGUUUGGCCGGGCAGCCAGCUCUACGAAGAUUCUUCGUUGUUCCAAACUUCUUCCAUUUAAGAAUGAUGGAGGCCGCUGUGUUCUUGGGGACCUUCAAUGAUGCAGAAAUGUAUUGGUACCCUUCCCCAGAUCUGUGCCUCGACACAAUCCUGUCUCGGAGCUCUACGUACAAUUCCUUCGACUUCAUGACUUGGUUUUAUCUCUGACAUGCACCUGUCAACUGUGGGACCUUGUAUAGACAGGUGUGUGCCUUUCCAAAUCAUUGUCCAAUCAAUUGAAUUUACCACAGGUGGACUCCAAUGAAGUUGUUGAAACAUCUCAAGGAUGAUCAAUGGAAACAGGAUGCACCUGAGCUCAAUUUCGAGUCUCAUAGCAAAGGGUCUGAAUACUUAUGUAAGUCAGGUAUUUGUUUUUAUUUUUAAUACAUUUGCAUACAUGUUUUUGCUUUGUUAUUAUGGGGUAUUGUGUGUAGAUUGCUGAGGAUUUUUUAUUUUUAUUUAGUCAAUUUUAGAAUAAGGCUGUAACGUAACAAAAUGUGUGAAAAGUCAAGGGGUCUGAAUACUUUCCGAAUGCACUGUAUAUGACAAGAACAUUGAUGCCGGAGAAAAGGGGGUUAUACCAAACACUUCUUCUAUUCUGAUCAAAGAUGGUGAACUGGAGAGAGUUUCUUCUGUUGUUGAUUUGAGCGAUAAACAGUUCAAUUCAUUUGGGAGACCCGGUGUCCCGAACUCCAGAAGCAUACCACAUGGUUAUGUGCAUUCUUAGCCUCUAAAAAAAGGUUGAGGAAGGGAGAGAGUGAACACAUACUGCCGUGGUUUCGAAGCAGCCCUGCUUUAGAAGGAAGUGGUGUCGGUCUGGUCUGACCACAGAUGCAUGAGAUCCGGCAUUGCCUUCCUAGCGGAUGGUAUGGAGACACCAUUGCAGGCCUGGACUUCCAAGUCUGUUUACUAGAUUGUCCCUGUGGUGAGGUCGUUCUUUCCAACAAGGAGCGUGUCUCAAUUGAAAGCCAAUCAAUCAAGUUCUGCUUGGAAAGAGCUUCACAAAGGCUGUGGGAUUCUGUCAGGGCACAUGUGGGUUGCUCUCUGCUCUCGAAAAUAAGGAGCCAUGUGAUUGUUAUACCAAGUCAGAGUUGUCAUUUCCCCAAGGGCUUUGAGGUAGAUGUUGUUUUUGCUUUCUGUAAAAAUAGUGCUCAAGACAUCUCUCAUGACAUCCUUUGUUAUUAUUUACCAUUGUUUUGUAUUUAGGUUACCUUGGCAAUAUUAUCACAGAUUGCAUCAGUAAAAUAAUACAUGUUUUCUGUGUUGGUAAAUGUAAAAUAUUUAACUGACAAUUUUUCGGUUUAUCAUGCAAAUGAAACUCUGUUAAUGUCGGUAAGGAUUUUGAUGUUUAUAUUCAUCAAUGUGAUUCAUUUUGAGAAUGGAUUCCAAGGUCUCUAAUUGGAAAUGAGAGAAAUACACAAUAUUAUUUUAUUCCUGUGUAGCACUAUACUAUUAGAGUGUGUCUGUAAUGGUUGGACUCUUGACUCACGUCCUGGCUGGUCUCCUACUGGUGCAGGUGUUGCUGCUGCUGUGUUCGUUUCACGACGCAGAGGGAGGCUCCAGUUUCAGGAAAUUAGGCCUGUUGGUUAAUGUUAGAACUGGAAGGAAAAGUUCCUGGAAGGUGGUUGAGUCCAACCGGGGGGUGGUGAAUUGGUUCCCUUUCUAUUAGAGAAAAGAUAUGACACCCACUUCUUAUAGAUGGCUUUGGUUGAAAGUCAAUUGUGUCAUACACGUUUUACAAUACGUUUUGCUGUAAACUUACAGUACAUGAAUUGCAUUUUAUGUGUUUUCAAACCAUUUUUAUAACAUUCCUCCAUAGUUGACUUCAAUGAUUGAUGUCAUAAAAGUAGUGGUAAGAGUUUUGUUUCUGUUUGUGUACCUGUUGUUGUUGAUGAGGAUUUGGCUUCAAAUUAAUUUAACUUCCGAUUGCAAUCCCAUCAGAAGAUGCCCAAUGUUUUAGUAUUAAUGUGGUACUUUCCCAUAUGCUGAGAGACAGAAUGAUAUCAUAUACCUCUUGCACUUGUUAUUGUUAUCUUUUCUUUGGUCUUCAGACGGAGGUGCACUUUGUUGGAUUUCCGUUUCUCUUUAUUCAGAGAGUGACUCUCAUCUCUGCUAGAGGGAGUUAACUGCGAGUCGCCCUGGCCAAAGUAAACUCCAACCAUGGUCUGGUCUUUCUGAAGCAACUCGAAUGAAGGUCUACUACUCCAUAAGCAUUGGUGUGUGAACAGCACCGGCCUACUGUAUUGAACAGCUGAAACAAUUGUGUGAUCACUAUUUAAACUUAAAUGGACUUGUAUGUAGUGACAGGUAGGUUUUAGCUGAAAAGUAAACCAAUGUGGAUUGUUACCCAUUAUUUAAUAUUUACAGAGUAAACAUCUUAAAAUAUACAAGAUUCUAAUUGUUCUCAAGGACCAGUGCCACUGUUCAUGAUUAAAUAUAGGGACAUUUAAUCAUUGUUGUUGAAGGACUGAUAAUGGGUCAAUUUCCUUUGAGAUAGUAUCCUAAUGAGUGGUGUCUCAGUUAUGUAUGAUCAUGACACUUGUUGGCUGUAGAUUCAGAAGAGGGCAGCAGUGAGUUGCUUAUUCAAGGGAAUGUUGGGCUGCAGUUAAUUGAUAGACAAUUAUUAGACCUCGUGAAGUUUCAGUACCUGGGUCUGGUGUCUUAUUUCUAUUGAAGCUGUAUGUAAAGUUUUCACUAUUUUGUUGUGAUCGAUUUGUGUUACUUUACAUUCUAGAUAUGUUAACCGAUGCUUCACUCUGAACUAAAUUUGUCAAUGGGCUUCUUAUUGAGCAACCCUCAUAUUGUAAGUUAAAAAAUCAACCCACAAUUUGACACUCACGGUUCUUUCUCUUCAUUCCAAUUUUGGGUUCCUUAUUUUCCUCUUUGUAAUGAUGUAAAAAUGUAAAAAAUCUGCCCCAUCUUCAUUUCUACUCUUUCUACUCUCUCAUAUUAUGGAACAGUUACAGGGAAUUGGAAACCAUUUCCCAAAUAAACAUUUUCUUGUUUUCUUUCUGAAACCUA